GCGGCGUUCGGGCCUUUUCCCAGGCUGCCUCCGGGCCGGAAAGAAGGAACGGGCUGAAGGCGAGCGGCGGCGGAUGGAGGCGGCGGGGAGGCUCUGGGUCUGGAGGAGCAGCAUGCCACGCGGCUCCUGGCUGGAAACGCUCCGUGCUUUUGCCCUGCGGACUCCAGGAAACCUUCUUUUUUGGUGAACUGAACCCUGCCCUCCUUUUUUCUUUGCUGCAUGCCCACUCACGAGUGCUGGAUUAUGUUUGUCUCCUUCUCCCUUUGCUCCAUAAUUUGGCUGAACCGCGGUUUCAAGCUGAGGAAAAGGGGCUGCACCUAAGCAAGCCGGGGCACUGGGACCGGGCUCCCGAGGUGCUGGUUUGUGCAGAGACGUUCAGACUGCUGAUGGGGGAGAGCUGCCCCUGAGGUCUCUCCUCUCCCGCCCAAAGGACGCUGCCUCACUGUUCGGAGCCGUCUCCUCAUGGCAGAGAGAAUGGGCAGCACCGACGGCUUCCAGUACCGUGCGCUCUAUCCGUACCGCAAGGAGCGUGAGGAGGACAUUGACCUGGUGCCUGGGGACAUCCUGGUGGUGAGCAAGGGAGCCCUGCAAGCCUUGGGCUUCAAAGAUGGGGAUGAGCAGAACCCCAACCAGAUCGGGUGGAUCCUGGGUGUCAAUGAGAGGACCAAGCAGAAGGGCGACUUCCCCGGCACAUACGUGGAGUACGUGGGGCCCGUGAAGAUCUCCGUCCCUUCGCACCGACCCCGAGUGCAGAGACCCCUGCCUGCAACACCAGGAGCCAGUGGCUGCCGACUGCAGGAGGCUCUUGAGCAAGGGUCUCCUCUCCCUGAACUUCAGGAGCAGUUCAGCCCUCCAGAGGUUGCACCUCCACUGCUGGUGAAGCUGGUGGAAGCCAUUGAGAAGAAAGGGUUAGACAGCGAGAUGUUGUACAGGACAUCUGGCUCCGAACUGAGGCAAGCUCUAAGAACCGAUUGGAGCCUGGGUGACCUGGAGCCCUUUGACGUGCACUCCCUGGGCGAAGCGCUGCGAGGCUACCUGCAGGACCUGCCCUCCCCUGUGGUGCCAGUGUCUGUGCAUGGAGACAUCCUUCGCAUCCUGCAGGAGAUCCCUCAGCCAGAGAAUUGCCGGAAACAGCUGCUGCUGGCCUUGGAGUCGCCUGCAAUCCCACUCCAGAACACACUCACCCUACAGUUCCUGCUCCGGCAUCUGGGGAAGGUAUCGCAGCAGGCCGAGAGCAACAGCCUCCACCCUCAGGCCCUGGGAGAGAUCUUUGGCCCCCUUCUCCUGCGGCUGCCCGGCGCCAGCCCGGAGCUGAGUCCUGACUUCUCUGUGCUUUUUCUGGAGAUGCUUCUGCAGACGAAGGAGUUGGAGCCAGAACAGUUGCCUCCAGCAUUGCCUCCAAAACCACCCAAGCCAAAGCCCAGUGCAGCCAGCCUGGCCAAUGGGAACAGUGUGCCCUUGCAGGACGCCGAGUGGUACUGGGGGGACAUUUCCCGGGAGGAAGUGAAUGAGAAGCUUCGGGACACACCAGAUGGUACCUUCCUGGUGCGCGAUGCCUCCAGCAAGAUCCAGGGGGAGUACACACUCACACUCAGGAAAGGAGGCAAUAACAAGCUGAUCAAGAUCUUUCACCGGGAAGGGAAGUAUGGCUUCUCAGAACCCCUGACUUUUGGCUCAGUGGUGGAGCUCAUCACACAUUACAGACAUGAGUCGCUUGCCCAGUACAACGCCAAGCUGGACACCAGGCUGCUCUACCCCAUCUCCAAGUACCAGCAGGACCAAGUGGUAAAGGAGGACAGUGUGGAAGCUGUAGGGGAACAGCUGAAGGUCUAUCACCAGCAGUACCAGGACAAGAGCUGGGAGUAUGAUCUGCUGUAUGAGGAGUACACCCGCACUUCCCAGGAGCUGCAGAUGAAGAGGACAGCAAUUGAAGCCUUUAACGAAACGAUCAAGAUCUUUGAGGAGCAGUGUCAGACACAGGAGAAGUGCAGCAAGGAGUACAUCGAGCGCUUCCGACGAGAGGGCAACGAGAAGGAGGUGCAGCGGAUCCUCAUGAACUCAGAGAAGCUCAAGUCUCGCAUCACGGAGAUCCACGACAGCAAGAUGAAGCUGGAGCAGGACCUGAAGAAACAGGCCUCGGAAAACCGGGAGAUCGACAAGCGCAUGAACAGCCUCAAGCCAGACCUCAUGCAGCUGCGCAAACUGCGGGACCAGUACUUGGUGUGGCUGACGCAGAAGGGCGCCCGGCAGAAGAAAAUCAACGAGUGGCUGGGUAUCAAGAACGAGACGGAGGAUCAGUACUCCAUGAUGGAUGACGAGGAGGAGCUGCCCCACCACGAGGAGCGGACGUGGUACGUGGGGAAGAUCAACCGCUUGCAGGCAGAGGAGAUGCUGUGCGGCAAACGGGACGGCACCUUCCUGAUCCGUGAGAGCAGCCAGAAGGGGUGCUACGCCUGCUCCGUGGUGGUGGAUGGUGACACCAAGCACUGCGUGAUCUACAAGACAGCGACUGGCUAUGGGUUUGCAGAGCCCUACAACCUGUACGCCUCCCUCAAGGACCUGGUCUUGCACUACAAGCACACGUCCCUGGUGCAGCACAAUGACUCCCUGAAUGUCACGCUGGCUCACCCGGUCCUUUCCCAGCCACCAGCCAGAUGAACAGACCGUGCACAACACAACAGCUGCCUUCAGCUUCUCCCCAGAGCGCUGCUUUCUGGCUCUGGACUCUUGCACCCUGUAUAGUUGAGUCUCUGUGCUCCUGCCCCUCCAGAGCAUCUGAGAUGUCUGUGACCGUUCCUGGUGUCCCUUUUGGUCAGUAGCUGAAACCCGUGUUGGCUGAUGGGACAAAAAGGCUGGAAUGUCGACUCGCAGCGGCCUCCAGCCCUUACGAGGUGGGAUCUAGUUGUGAUUGAAUUGCUGUGGAUGAACGCAGCCCCCUCCCCUUCCCCAACAAACAGGUCAGAUCACCUUUUUGCUGGCAGGUUGCCCCGCUAUGCAUCACCGUAGAGCUAGAUCCCAAUUCCUCUGCACUGUGGUGUCAUUCCCUGCCCAGCUGAGCAGCACUGGCACAUUCUGAGCGAGGGGAUCUGCUGGAUCCUGGAGGAGGAGGAGGAGCCUCCGCUGAGCAUGCGUCCUCCACUCCCACUUCCCCCUUCCCUCGGUGACUUUGCAGGUGGGGGUGGGAGCUGCUGUGUGGUACGAGGGGUGCUGCUCUUCUGUGCAGAGACUCAUUUCAAAAAGAAGGCGGUGUCCUCCGUGGGGCAGCAGGUGUGCUGGGAGGAGGGCUUCUUGGCGAGGUCCCCACGCCAUCCUGUGCCCCAUCUCGCUGUCUUGUUCCCUGGUGUCAUAGCCACCUCUGUAGUGUUGCUGUCUGGGGAGGGAGGAUGUGGUUUGUGACGAAUCUCUCACCUUAGUUGUGCCAACUAAGCUGUGAAGUCCGUGUUGGUACCCGUGUUUUUCCCGGCAGAAUCCGUGGGAUGCACAGCUCUUUGUUUCUGGCUGUCUUUGGUGAAUCUCUGCGAGUGUAACCCGUUGAAGCUGACUGUAGCUCUGUAAAUACGGUUCUUUUUGUCA